GUAUAUACGUGCCUAUCAAAGCAUAACGCAGUGAACGGUGGUUUAGGAAGGAAACAGAUGGAAAAUGGGUAUAGAAUUACAAAGCAAACCAUCGCAAGUCAACCCCUAAGUGCGGGAUUUUUACUGUUCACAAACCGCCCCUUCUUCCUUAUAUGGGUAUUCAUUCCAGCCCGUUUCCAUUUUUUCUAUCAGUAAAUCCCCGCCUCUUUCACUGCCUGUCAAUUCGCACCACUGUUGUUGCAGCCAUUUUAAUCUAGACUUCAGUUACCGCUGGGCGAAUGAUGCUUGAUUAGGACCGUAGGAAGAAACCCAUUCACUAUAACGAAAAGCUUGUAGGAGGUACGACAAUACUGAGUAGUCCAUCCCUUUACCCUAAACCAACACAUGUUGGAUGAAGAGCCAUUUUUACUAGUACAAGAACACGAGGAAUGCUGUGCUAAUCACCCUCAAGGGUGAAAAGACUGACUUCAGGAGCAUUCAAGCAUUUCGCCACCAGGUCGAUGUCAUGAAUUACACAGAUCCGGUUGGGGAGAAGGCCGUCAACUCGUGGUCCAGAAUUGCCUCGGCCGGGCAGGCAGUCCUUCUGGAGACCUUACAGAUCCUAAAUCCAAUGUCAAGGGAUCUCUCUGACACGGAGGAACUAGUGUCCUUUCUACAAGGACUAAAAGAAGAAGGCCAUAAGCCCACAGUGCUGCGAAGCAAGGAUGUUUACGGAUAUAGAUCUUGUACAGCGAAACUCUUCUCGGCAGAGACAUACUCAACGGACAUGGCCAGCAAAGGUCCAAAGCCGGGCAAGAAGAGGGGUAGGAAGAAGAAGAAGGAGUCUAACAAAUAUGCAUCGUGGAGUGCAAGUGCAUCAGAAUCUCACAAGGGAUCCCCCUUUUCCAGACCUCCAGUUUUGACCAUUAAACCUCCACAAGUACAGCAAUGUCUGAAACUGACAAACAUUACAGGUUUGACCAGAGGUCACACAGCGCGAAUGCAGAUUAAUUCUCAACCUCCAACACUUUCAGGGAUACCGUUGCUGCCUUCGCAGAAUGCUGGCAGAACACCUAAAGCGGUUGCUUUGGUCGGUCAAAGGUAUCAUCCGUCCUGUCCGGAAUGGAAUGGGGCCCUUAUUGGAGACUCUGCUCCGGUCCUGUACCAAAACGGGCGAGGAGUUUACGACUACGAGACUGACAUGACGAACCACAGACGAUCCUGGAGAGACGACCGCUCUCUGUGGAUGAUGAACCGUCAGGAGGAGUGUCGUCUGGACAAGAAUAGUCUUCGGUGGAAGGUGGUCAAAGUGGACGACUGCGUCACAGUGGAGGACCUGAGGAGGAAGGCCCAGAAGGUCCUACAGGUCAACCUGUCCCCUGUGAUUCAGAUACGUCCGCUCUAUGAGACGCUGGCCGAGUACCAUUGUGAUGAUAUCUCUAGUGACUUCUUGGAUUAGUCCACCCAGCAUCUGUGUUGCAAAAGAACAACCUUGGCUGACCCUACCGAGGUCAUUUUUACCAUCGGGUAGGAACAUUGUGUCUGUGUCAUCUGACUGACUACAGUGAAGUAAGUUUCUUGCUUUGAGCAGCACUGGGAUGAUGGCAUGAGUCUACUGUGUCAUCGAGCUUAAGGGACAUGUUUUGCAGAAAGUGGUGUUUGAAAGACACUCCAUAGACAUUGAAGUGCAGAAUUGUGCGUUUCUUUUAAAUUUUUUCCACUUUCUGUUUUGUAUGCUGAGGAUAGACUGAGAGGUAAGCAGUGUCCUGACGCACUGUGAAAUAACUUUGCAAGAACAGAAACCUUUUUUGUACCCUUUUUGUUUUAGUCUACACAACAUUUUGCAGAUUCGGUCCCCUGAAAUGAAUGUGUAAAUGGUGCAACCUUGUUUUGGGGGCAUUCUUUCAUAUCUUAAUUUAGAGCUUCCUGUGGUCACUGAGUCAUUGCCAUUUUGUGUAGCUAUUUCAUUGAGUGCAAAGCCUCAAACUAUUGUGUUUUCUGAAUGUAGGCACUUAAAACAUAAGAACUCCAUUGCAGGACAAAGUUAAUGGCCUUAUUCUUUUUAGUAUUCCUAUAAUUAUUUAUUUAAUAUUUUUUGUUACUAGUAGUUGAUGUACUUUCUCUGGGUAGAGCAUUUGAAAGCAUUAUCAAACAUCCUAUUUUUGUGAAACUUCAUUAAUGCCUGAAGCUUCAAAACAGAAAUCUAAACUGAUAUUAAUUUAGAUUCUUAGAUUGGGUGCUAACUUUGUGUCGGUGCUAACUGGGGAAAAUACCUGAACACUGGUUAAAUCUGGCUAUUUGUGAGAAUGAUUAUUAAAGAACAAGACAUGGCUGCAUUUAACCAUUUCUGAAGUAGUUGCUACCGUGUGUUGCGGUCUUUCAUCAUUAGUUCAGCUGACUGGUUUAGGAAGCACUUUUUCCAACAGUUAUUUUAAGUUAGACAUUAAACGUAUUGGAGUGGCACAGUCCAUCAAAGGUACUUCAAAUGAACUGUUGUCAACUUGUACCAUAUGGCAAUCUAUUUCUUUUUAGUGCACUAUUGACCAGAACCCAAUAGAACCUAGUAAGGAAGCAGUGUACCAUGUGGGGAAUAGGGUGUCAUUUUGGAGGCCACUGCCAUAUUGGUUUAGCCUUUUUCUUUUUUUUUUUUUUGCAAAACAUGCCAUUGGUGCUCCCUUGCUGUCUUUUUACAGUUCUAGCACAAGCUGUGAUUUAAGGCCACAACAUGAUACAAUUAAGCAUUUUAAUUGGCUCACGGUAUUGAUCACUCCUUUCUGAAUUUCAUUGGUGCAUUGUUUUGUCACCAUUUUCUCCAUUGGGGAAGUUGUUUAAAUGUUGGGGCAAAACUAUAGUCAGAUUUAGGAUUUUUUAUUUUUUUGUCAAGUUUAACGUUUGUGGAAUUCAUGCUUAAAUUGUCAUGUUGUGGCCCAAGAUCAGGACCUUAAAUGGAUCAUUUAUGUUGCCAUAUGUUGAAAAUACUGUAAAUAUUACUGAAUGGGUGUGUUCAAACCAGGGACCAAACAGUCAUUGCGAUUGCCGAAGUCAUUCCUAGACUAAGAAAAUGUGGUAUGACUGAAUGACUGUAAUAUAGGUGUUUCUCGCCUGAAAUUAUUAAUCUUGACUACAAUGUACCAGAUUGUUUAAAUAUUAUUACUAAAAAAGACAAGUUAAAUUGCCAUUUUAUUUUGGGGAAUGAUGAGGCACACUAGGUCAAGAUUUUUACACAGCAUUCAGUUGUCUGGCAAUGCAUCCAAGCCUUUACUCAUGGCGUCUUUAAAAAGACUAGGCCUGAUUUGUAACUUGCAACUAUGCAAUUCAAGAUAACAAUUGGCUACACAAAAUCGUGACCCUGAGUGAUUCCAGGUUUGCAAAUUUUUUACAGAAUUGCAAUUCGGCAGAGCUCAUAGUGUUCUUGCAUUAAGUACUUGCCUAAGUUACAUUCGGCUAGGGUCUUGAGUCCUCUUGUCACAUGAUUCAGUGCAUAUUAUGUGCAGGUUUUCAACCAAUAAUUUGUUUUGUCUCAAAGGUGUCUGAUUCAUGCAGUUCAUUGUUGAAAUUUGUUGAACAAAACUGUAGUCUGUAUUGGAUUACAUUUUCAGAAAUUGCUAAAUAAAAUUGAUUAAAAAAAAUUACUUUUUUAAUGUUCCAGAAGAUGUUUGAAUGAGGUGUUUGAAAGGCUGUUGGGUAGUCUGAACCACUUCGUGACCUGUAUUUAACCUGACCUAGUCACCUUUUGCCUUGAUGACAGCUUUGCACACUUGGCAUUUCUCUCCAUACCACUUUCAUGUCCCCUGGAAUGCUUUUCCUACAGUUUCGUUGGAGUUUCAAUGUAUGCUGAACACAUGUUGGCUGCUUUUCCUUUACUUUGUGGUCCAGCUUAUUGUUGCAGAAGGCUGUGGUGUGCCUUAAGUUUUAAAUAAUUCACAGACCGUCACCAGCAAAGCACCAUCAUACCUCCAUGUUUCAUGGUGGGAACUACACAUGCAAAGAUCACCUGUUCACCUACUGUGCAUCUCACAGUAGGUGAACUCUCUAUUUAAAUUUCAUGAAGCAUUUACAGUGGCAAGAAAUGGUCUGUGAACCCUUUGGUUUUCUGUAUAAAUGUGUCAAAAUAUGAUAUGAUCUAAGUCACAACAAAAGAGAAACACUGUCUGCUUCAACUAAUAUCACACAAUUCUGUGUUUUCUGUAGACUGUAAUAUCUUUACUGAACACCAUGUAAACAGUCACAGUGCUGGGUGGGUGAAGUUAAGGAACCCUUGGAUUUAACUGGUUGACGCUCCUUUGGCAGUAAUAACCUCAAACAUUUCCUGUAGUUGCGGAUCAGACAAACACAACAGGACUUUUUGACCGUUUCUCUUCAGAAAAGUGUUUCAGUUCUGCAAUAUUCAUAGGAUGCCUGGUUUGAAUCACUCUUUAGGUUAUGCCACAUCUCUAUUGGGUUGAGGCGAGGUCAGGACUCUGACUGGGCUACUCCAGGAGGCGUGCCUACUUUUGUUGAUUCUAUUGAAGGCAUUCUGUUGUAGAUUUACUUCUCUAUUUUGGGUUAUUAUCCUGUCUUUAGCUGACACUCUAGGAUUCUUGUCAAACUCAUUGAGCAUUCUGCACUGUGCUCUUGUCAUCGUUUCAGGACUGCCACUUUCAGGGAGAGUAGUAACCGUGCUGAACUUUCCAUUUAUGGACAAGUUGUCUUGCCAUGUACUGAUGAACAUCAAGUCUUUGAGAGACACUUCUGGAACCCUUUACAGCUUCAUGGAAGUCAACCAUUCUUUGUCUUGGGUCUUGUGAGAUCUCUUAGGUUUGAGGGAUAGUUGGCAUCAGGCAAUUCUUGUACUCUAACCCACACCUCCAAUCUCGUCUCAUUGAUUGGACUCCAGGUUGGUUGACUCCUGACUCCAGUUAGCUUUUGGAGAGCUUAUUAGCUUUGGGGUUAACUCACGUUUUCCACCCUGCACUGUGAAUGUUUAAAGACAUGAAAACUUGGUAUUGUUUGUGUGUAAUUAGUUUAAACCAGACAGUGUUUGUGUUUUGUUCUGACUUAGAUGCUCAGAUCAAAUCUUAUGACCAAUUCAUGCAGAAAUCCAGGUAAUUAAAAAGAGUUUAAACGUUUUCUUGACACUGAUUUUGGGCUGCAAUCUGAGGUGUCGUUAACUACUGAUUUCUGAGGCUGGCAACUGUAAUUCACUUUAUCCUGUGCAUAACCAUGCGAUUUCCUUUCUUGUGGCGUUCCUCAUGAGAACCACUUUCAUCGUAGCAGUUUUUGCAACUGCACUUGAAGAAACUUCUUCAAGACAAGCUGCCGAAGUCGUAUUUGAGCCCUGUACGUCAGCACCAUGUUUUGCAAUUAAUUUAAUAUAUUUUUGUAGAUGGCAGUAAGUUGCUUUUCAUUCUUUUUCUAUAUAGUUUGCUGUUGUUUUUUAAGUUCUGGAAAUUUCCCGGAUUAACUGUCCUUCAUUUCUUAGUUAUGAUAGAGUGCCAUUUCGCUUAUUUGAGGUUUUCUUUGCCAUAAUAUAGAUUACAGAAGUACAGAAUAAUGGGUUUCUGUAUAUCCCCUCAAAUCAACGGGAUUUUAAAAUGAAUAAAAAAUGUUUCCUAAAGCACACCUGUAUAUUGAAAUGCAUUCCAGCUGGUUGAGAGAAUGUGAAGAGUGUGCAAAACUGUCAUCAAGGCAGAAGGGUGGCAACUUUUUGAAGAAGCUACAAUAUGAAAUGUAUUUUUAGCUUUUUGGUUGCUUGAUGAUUCCUUAUGUUAUUUCAUAGUUUUUAAGUCUUAACUAUUCUACAGUGUGAAAAAUAGUUAAACCAAAGAAAUGCCCUUGAAUGAGUUGGUGGAUGUGUUCAAACAUUUGACUGGGACUGUGUAUUAAAUGAGCAGCAGCUACAUUCUUUGGUUAGAGAUGAUGAAGAUCACUGCUUUCUGCUGCGGCUAUGGAAAACUGGCAGAUUGACUUGCCUGUUACUGGCUUCUCUAGCAAACCAUGCUUAAUCAGCAGAGAAUGUGUUCCCAGAUAUCCGCUUAGUGCUAGUUUGAAUAGUAAUUACGCUAGCUAGUUUCCCACUUUGCAAUCAUGUCUAUGUCUGACUGGCACUGGUGACUGGUUAAACGUAACACUUGGCCAACACGACAACAUUUGCACCCGUUUUUGUUAGCUGGUGUGAAACUUGGUGCACAGAUCAUGAAGAACAGCAACUGUCUUGAAGUGUUUGUCAGCAUUGUAAAUGUAGGUUUGCGUUGCGGUAAUAUCUAGUUUUCUAUUCAUAGAUAUUGCUUAGAGAAGUGGCUGAGCUACUGAUCUAAUUUAAUUUUGAAUUUCAUUAUGAUUUUACCACAACCAUACUCCCUAUGUUUCAAAUAUUUAUUGAAGGAGUGUGAAUUUUACCAGUCAGUUAAGUUGCGGUCUGAAGUGAGACCAUGGUACUUAGCUUUAUUUCCUAGCAUUUUGAAUUUGCUAAUGGCAGACUAGGCCUCAAUUUGAAAAUGUGGGCUCACACCAAGAAAUGUUUGGACCACAGUGAAUACAACAUUUGUGUGAUUUUUAAGGCAAUAAUCCUAAUCUCCCUGUAAAUUGAAAUGACAGGUUUGUCAGCAAAACGUGUUUGUGCAUAUGCAAGUAAAAUGGGUGUUGUGUGGAGUCCAGGACUGGCCAACUAGGGGAUCUAGAGGGUGAUAGCUGCCUGUGAGCAACUGGCUGAUACCAUGGGGUCAAGGGUAGAAACUGGCUCUUACUGCAGUGAUACUGCCAAAGAUACCAAAGUAUUGGACCAAAUGGCACCCUAUUUCCUACAUAUUGUACUAAAGGUUAUUGGUUAAAUGUAUCUAUUUGUUUAGGGAAGGGGGUAUCAUUUGGGCACAAGUGUUCAUGGGCCAUCUGCCAUGUUUUUACUGAAUUCUGGUUUAAUCUUGUCACCAUGGCUUUGUGUUUUAAAUUAAAUAAUCUAAAUGAAGUCUAAAUCCUUAUAUCAGUGUUAUUCUGUGUACAAUUACUUCUUGUUGUUUCUUUGCUGACCUCAGUGGAAGGUUUGCCUCCUGGAUGUCCUGUGGAAAAGGCUUUAGCUCAGACAUUGACAGGAAAUAACCUUCUAAUGUUGUCCCAGGGCCAGAAACAUCGUUAGCGGAAACCCUGUAUCACACUUGCACAUGUCACAGUGAUGUUUACUGGCAGAGUUUGUGUGCAGAAGCAUGUCAUCUGUUCUGAUGGUCAUGUUGUGCCGAAGUGUGCAUGCAUGUCAAAUGAAAACAUCAGUUACUCUGUUAUGUUUCUGUUGACAUUAAGGUACUCUAGACAUGCUCAUCCAGGUUUUGCAUUUGGAUUUAGACAAAAUGUAAAAAACCCUGUCAAUGUCUCAAAAUGUUUCACCUCUAGGAAUAAAUACUGCUACUACUGUGAUAAUUGCAUAUUGAAUGGACAGGCUACACAAAGAUAUGGUACAAACAGUACCCUAGAAAGCAAACAGUACCCUAGAAAGCAAACAGUACCCUAGAAAGCAAAUAGUACCCUAGAAAGCAAAUAGUACCCUAGAAAGCAAAUAGUACCCUAGAAAGCAAAUAGUACCCUAGAAAGCAAACAGUACCCUAGAAAGCAAACAGUACCCUAGAAAGCAAAUAGUACCCUAGAAAGCAAACAGUACCCUAGAAAGCAAACAGUACCCUAGAAAGCAAAUAGUACCCUAGAAAGCAAACAGUACCCUAGAAAGCAAACAGUACCCUAGAAAGCAAACAGUACCCUAGAAAGCAAACAGUACCCUAGAAAGCAAACAGUACCCUAGAAAGCAAAUAGUACCCUAGAAAGCAAAUAGUACCCUAGGUCUGUCACGACAACAGGAUGGAAACAAUUUAGUCAGUUCUGGGGUUUUGGAAAUCAUGAUUUUACAGCUGGUACCUUCUUUCUUGAAAAUGGAGGGAUGUAAGAUCUCUGUUCCUUUUCUGAUCUCUGCUUGAAAACAUUGGUUCAGAACGUAACUAUGAAUGUGACCAGUUACACAAGACUUCGGUUCUGGAUUAAAGCCACAUGCUGUCUAACAUUGCCAAUGUUUGUAUUACAUACAAUAAUGGAAUCUGUAUUGAAUAAUAAAUGUUGUGCAAUUUUCAUUAGGAAACAAAUCUGAUGAUACUGUUUACAUACACCUGCUUUUCUGAUGGCAUGGUCUAGAAGCUGCCCAUAGAUGACCCACUUAGAUUACAAAAUAGGCCCAAA